GGUUUAGGAAGUGCUCAAAAGAUAACGCUCCAAAGGUAUAGAAAAUGGAGCUGAAGAAAGCAGAGCAAACCAUCCAGCAGCCUCAUGUUGUAUGUGUCCCAUACCCAGGCCAAGGCCACAUCAACCCAAUGAUGCAACUGGUCCAGCUACUCCACUCAACAGGCAUCCACAUCACCCUCGUCCACAGCGAGUUCGAUCACAGCCGUAUAUCGAAAUCGCGCGGAAGCCAGCACUCUCCUUCGACACGGCCAGACGGGUUUCGAAUCGAAACCAUACCCGAUGGACUGCCGCCCAACGACAGGGAGGCGAUGCGACACAUCCCGACGCUGUGCGAUUCCAUCCGGAAGAAAGCGUGCCUAGCACCCUUUCGCGAACUCGUAAUGAGACUCAAUGACUCGGCAGACUCGUCCCGAGUCAGCUGCAUAGUUUCAGAUGGGGUGAUGACGUUCACUCAGGAAGUUGCUGAAGAGCUUGGGAUUCCUAAUGUUGUGUUUUGGACUACUGGGGCUUGUGGUCUCAUGGCCUACAUAUACUGCCGUGAACUCAUCAAAAGAGGUCUUGCACCCCUGAAAGAUGAAAGCUACCUUAACAAUGGAUAUCUGGACACGACCAUCGAUUGGAUUCCAGGAAUGGGAGAGAUCCGGUUCGAGGAUAUGCCCAGUUUCAUCAGAUCAACAGACCCCAACAACGACAUCAUGCUCAACUUCAUGCUCGAUGAGGCACACAACACAUUCAAGGCUCCGGCAAUCGUCCUCAACACGUUCGACGAAUUGGAAUACGAUGUUAUAACUGCCAUGCGAUCCAUGUCCUCUCAUGUUUACACCACCGGCCCGCUUUCAAUGCUCUGUCGCCACAUGCCCAAUUAUCAUCAGUUCAAAUCAAUGGGUUGGAACCUAUGGAAAGAAGAUAUAGGAUGCCUCGAAUGGUUGGACAGCCAAGAAUCUGCUUCGGUUAUCUAUGUGAACUUUGGGAGCACAACGGUCGUGACGGCCCACCAUCUGAGUGAGUUUGCAUGGGGGCUGGCGAACAGCAACCAUCCGUUCUUGUGGGUCAUUCGAUCCAAUCUUGUUGUGGGUGAUCAUGCAAUCCUGCAGGAUGACUUCAUGGCAGAGAUCAAAGGGAGGGGUUUGCUAGUGAGCUGGUGCCCGCAAGAGGAAGUGCUUUCCCACCCUUCGAUCGGAGGGUUUAUAACACAUUGUGGUUGGAAUUCGACGAUCGAGAGCAUAUGUGGAGGUGUGCCCAUGAUCUGCUGGCCUUUCUUUGCUGAGCAGAUGACAAACCGUCGUUAUAUAUGUAAGGAAUGGGGAAUAGGAAUGGAGAUUGAUGCAAAUGUGAGGAGAGAAGAGAUAGAGAAUGCUGUGAAAGAGCUGAUGGGAAGAGGAGAGAAAGGGAAGGAGAUGAUGAAGAAUGCCAUGAAAUGGAAGGAGAGAGCAACAAAGGCUAUCGAGGAGGGAGGAUCUUCUUACACCAAUUUUUAUAGGUUAGUAAAUGAGAUAUUUAUGCCAAGAGAUCACAGGAUCUCAACUGGGUCAGCUGCAAACGCCGGGACAGCCGUUGGAUGAUAGGAUGAAGGAUUUUGUUAUGAAGAAUGCUCAACUGCACCCAUGUCCUACGUGGCAAAGUGUCACUUGGGUGCCAGAUCGGGUCACUUAUCAGGGCCACCGUACUCUGUAGGUGCCUUGUGUCUAAAGUCACGCUUAUGAUCAUCAGGUGGGCCACACGUGGACCAAUAUAAGUGAGCAUUUAAGAGAAAUUGACUAACAGUCCACAUUCUAUGUACGCUUGUAGGCCAUCUGAUGGUGAUAUCAUACUGAUUUUUGAGUUAGGGCAUGUAGACGGUGAGGAUGGCCUGAUGACCGGUCCCGAUCUUGUGCAUGUGUAAUUUGUUGCCAUACGUGACUAUGUGAGUGAGCCCAUCUCUCUGACCGCACUUAGCUUUCCUUUUGUAUUAGAUGAAUUAGGUACAAUAUUCUCUGGUUUUCAGCUUGGUACAGAUGGGGCCGGUGGUUAAGCCGUACAGACCAAUGGUACGUCACUACUGGCGGUAGAUGGUCCAGAUUGGAAGAUCCUACCUGCCAGUCCUGGGUCUUAUUUAAGUUGAAUUUGGGCCAUUGCUGCAUUUCUCUUCAUAAACAUUAAUUUGCCGGCCGGAAAUGGACCGGUUGAGAUUGUCAUGUUGUGGAGAUUUUUAAGUUAAGAUUCAAUUGAGAUGGACCAAACAAAUCAGCAACAUGGAUCAUUACCCUAGUCGCUAACAGAAAACCUUGGUAUCAUGUACGUAUCCUCCGGUCCAGGUUCAUGUAUUUCGUCUGUGUUAUUACUUAUUAGUAUUGAUAGUAGAAGAAUUUGUACGGUUAAAGAGGAAGUAUGGAAUGUUUGUCCA